AUGACUCGCGGUGACCUACCGAUUUAUCGAGCCAGCGCUACUAUCCUCCAAGACAAGUCUGGUGCCAAUUUUGCAACCCUGUACGGAUGGAAGGCUUGGAAUACUGAUUGUCUAGGAAAGAAUUUACACUCUCCAGGAGCAGAACGGACUCUGGCCGAACGCGAAAUGCGCGAAGCUAUGGAAUUUGAGCUAAAGUUGGUGAAUUUCUCCGCUGACGAUAUGGUACGACGAGAUCCUGAUCGGGGCAAUAAUCGCUUCCAGUUAUGGCAGUUAAAGAACCAUUUUCCACUGAUAAACUUCGAGAAGUAUGUGAAUACUGUUUUUCAUGGAUUGGCGAAUGUAUCACAAAAUCAUACCAUUAUUAUUCGUGAAAUAGAGUACUUCUCAGGGAUCCAGCAUAUCUUAUCGACGACGCCGAAGCGUGUUAUUGCGAAUUACAUUGCUUGGAGACUCGUUCAAGGUAUGGUAAAACUUGAUUAUUUUUUAUUUAUUUGUAGUGUAUCAAAGUGGGAAGAUUGUGUCACGUUGUCGGUUAUCAUGAUGGACAUGCCGGUGGGAAAGUUGUUCGUCGAGCACUUCUUUGAGAGGGAGCGCGCAAUGGCGAAGAUGCAGGAAUUAACAACUUUCCUGAAAGGUGAAUUCAUCAAACAGCUGCAUGUUUUGGAUUGGAUGGAUGAGGCGACUCGUCGACGAGCUAUCGAGAAAGCCGGAAUGAUUGAGUAUAAGAACGGGUUCCCUGAAGUGCUUUUCAAUGACACUUGGAUGGACAGACAUUGGGGGAUUCUCAUCAAGCCUAAAGAAUAUCUGCUACAUCUUACUAUUCGUAUUAAGCUUGCGCGUUAUACUGAAGAGUUAAUGAGGCUUGACAAGUCGUUAGACAGAUCUAUGUGGUUUCAAAGUCCAGCCCAAGUUGACGCCUACUAUGCUCCAAACAAUAACGAAAUGAUCUUUCCUGCUGGAAUAAUGCAGUUCCCUUUUCUAACGCUUGGAGUUCCCAAUUAUAUCACAUAUGGAAUGGUUGGGGCUGUGAUUGGACAUGAAGUAUCACAUGCAUUUGACGAUCAAGGUGGCCGGUACGAUGAGCUCGGAAAUCUUAAUGACUGGUGGGAUACAGAAACAGCAGAAAAAUUUGCAGAGAAAACAAGGUGUUUUGUGCGCCAGUACAAUUCGGUGAAGGUGGCUGAAGCCGGCAUUCAUCUCAAUGGUCAAUUAAGUCUUGGAGAGAAUAUUGCCGACAAUGGAGGUGUGAAAACUGCGCUUAACGCAUAUAAAGCGUGGCGCUCCAACACUUCCGCCCAAGAACCUGCUCUUCCCGGUUUUCAGAACUUCACCAGCGAGCAGAUGUUCUUCCUUGCAUAUGCAAAUAACUGGUGCUCAGUGGUGCGACCAAAACAUUAUGUGCAAAUCAUCAUGACCGAUGUUCAUGCUCCAAGCAAGUACAGAGCGACAAUCCCAUUGCGGAACAGGAUCGAGUUCGCACAUGCAUUCGGCUGCAGCCCUGGCAGCCCAAUGAAUCCAGAAAACAAGUGCCAAGUAUGGUAA